AUGCACUGGAGAGCUCUUUGGAUCGUGACCUGGUAAGUCACGCCUUUUGACAUCAUUGUAUGUUGCACGUUGUCUGCACUUAUAUAGAAAGAAAGCAACGAUUGCUGCCAACCCCAGGACGCCCAGUGCAACGCCAAUCCCAAUUCCCGCUUUUGCGCCUGUGGAUAACCGGGAUGAAGCUUGGGCGGAAUCUGUUGAGUUUUCAGGGACAGGGACGAGCGGUGAAGUGGUUGGUAGACUUGUCGUUGUCAAUGACGAAAUAACUGAUGUGCUUGUUGGCGAGGUAGUGGACGAUGUCUUGGAUGCAGUGAAAGCCACUUUGUCGGAUGACUGGAACCAGAUUGGUAUCCCAUCUCCGAAUACAGUCCAAUCACCUGUGCCCGUAAUGGUACGAUAUACCGUACUUAGAUCUCUUGGUAUGUCCCAGUUGCCAUUUUUUAACACAGGCGCUCUGUACGAGAUUGUAUUCUGCCCUGCCGGAAACGAGGAUCCGCAUUGGUGA